UCAGAUCCGAGGUUUAGGGGAGCAGCCCUGGUGCCCCACCUUCUCCAUUCCCAACACCCGACCCUCCUGUCCUCGCCUCCACUUGCGGGAUCCACUUGUCGCGACUUUCUCACUCCAGCCUCUGGGUGGGGUUCCUACGUCAUCUGUCUCCGGGCAGUUCUGCCCCGCGCAAGUUAGCGCCCGGAUGCGAAGCCUCGCGGCAUGGACGCGGGCGCCCCCUGGCGGGCGUAGAGAAGGGGCGGAGCUGUAGGCAGCGAGCGGCGCGCUGUCCCAGGUCGCAAACCAGUGCCCCAGGCGGCGAGGAGCGCGGCGCCGGGAUGCUGCGGGCGGGAGCACCCACCGGAGACUUACCCCGGGCCAGAGAAGUCCACACCGGGACAACCAUCAUGGCGGUAGAGUUUGAUGGGGGCGUCGUGGUGGGAUCUGAUUCCCGGGUGUCUGCAGGAGAGGCGGUGGUGAACCGAGUGUUUGACAAGCUGUCCCCCCUGCACCAGCGCAUCUACUGUGCUCUCUCUGGCUCGGCUGCUGAUGCUCAGGCCAUAGCGGACAUGGCUGCCUACCAGCUGGAGCUCCAUGGAAUGGAACUGGAGGAACCCCCACUUGUUCUGGCUGCUGCAAACGUGGUGAGGAAUAUCACCUAUAAGUAUCGGGAGGACCUGUCUGCACAUCUCAUGGUAGCAGGCUGGGACCGACGCGAAGGGGGCCAGGUAUAUGGGACCAUGGGAGGGAUGCUGAUUCGACAGCCCUUUGCCAUCGGUGGCUCUGGCAGCACCUAUAUCUACGGUUACGUGGACGCGGCGUACAAACCAGGCAUGUCCCCAGAGGAGUGCAGGCGCUUCACCACGAAUGCUAUUGCUCUGGCCAUGAACCGGGAUGGCUCCAGUGGGGGCGUCAUCUACCUGGUCACGAUCACAGCCGCUGGUGUGGACCAUCGAGUCAUCUUGGGCAAUGAGCUGCCGAAAUUCUAUGACGAGUGAAUCUUUCUCAGACUUCCCUUCUUUAUUUUAUAAUAAACUUUCUGGGACCGGAA